AAAUGUAAGAGACAGCUGGUUGUGAACGACGUUUAUUCCUAAAGAUAAACCGAUGUGCUGGCAUUGACGGGUUUCACACAUAACAAUGGAUCGCAACUGUAUUUCGCUCAUUGUACAGGAAUUUCGUGAGCACUUGAUACUUUUUGCAUAAACAAGCGCUUUUACCAAGAAUUUGUUAUUUAUUUUUCGUAUUGGAAGAAGUUUGGAAACCAGGCGGUGAUGGGAAACCAACAGCUUACCUGUGCUACUAAGCCAGCGGAGGGGAGUAUUGAUGACUGUCUAACCGAGAGACAAGUCCACUUGGUCCAGGAGACUUGGGCAGUGCUACGGAGUGACCUGGCAGGCAACGGCGUAGUCAUCUUCACCAGGUUUUUCAAAACCAAUCCUGACAUGAAGACGCUGUUCCCUAAGAUCGUGUCGAUUAACGAGGAGAAUCAACUGGAAUACGUGAUCGACCAAAAGAUGUUGCAGAAACACGCCACGACAGUACUGGAGGGUCUGGGAGCAGCGGUCGAGAGCCUGGACGACCCUUACGUCCUGGACAACGUUCUGAAGGCAUUGGGGCAGACGCACGCUAGGCGGCAAAUCAAACCAAUCAUGCUGAAGCGUUUGUGGCCGUCCUUGGAUUACGGCCUGAAGGAAGUGCUAAAGGAAAAGUACAGCAAAGAGACAGCGGAGGCCUGGAGAACAGUUUUUGAUUAUAUCUGCCUACGGAUGAAGGAAGGGCAUGCGAGAAGUAAAUGAAGAACUAACGUGAUGCUAUGUACAUCAUAAACGUACAAAAUUCGGAGCACGAUGCACUCUUCUAAGCUUUAGGCCAUCACGUUUUGCACAGCAUUUGCAAACUCUUUCCUAAGGGAUUCUCCCAAAUCUGAAGGUUUGAUAUCUCCCUGAAAUGAGAAGAUCAGGCUACCUCUUGUGAAUGACGGAGAGUGGAGAAUUUUAGCUGUGUCUAUCUGUAGUCCAUUAGUAAUCAGAUGGGUCAGUAGGCUGUCAUGUAAUCCAUCUAAGACGUGAGUUCUUCUUCUGUAGACCGACUUAAUGAGGCGACCACCGUGCUCUGACACAGUGACAAAGCAUGCAAUUGGUUGGAUGUUUAAUGAUAGUCAUCUGGGCGAGAUACGCGAUCUGUGAUUGGCGGAGCGUGUCCAAGAUGCUCAGGCGCCUAAUAAUUCAAGAGCAUUUAUCAAAAACUGUGUAAUGUGGAUGGAAUCGGUCAAGGCUUAAACUGGGUCAUUAGUGUUGGCUUUUGGAGAGCAAUAUAAAAUGGACUAGGUUGAACCAUGGUUUUUGUACUCAAAGAACUUUAGGAAAUGCUAUCAGGAUGCAGGGGGUAAUCGAUGGGGCUUCAGUGAGCCUCAACUCUUACUCCGCUGACGAUUACUUUGUUGAAUACAAAAAGACUGCCGUCUGUGCACUAAAAUACUUUUACAGUACUCAUUUAUGUCAUAAUCAGCGGAGGUGCACAAAAAUACUGACGGCAACGUCAGUUUAAUACGGGCUUUGGGCCUAAAAAUGACUUUAUUCACAUCCUUUUGACCUUUGCUGAAAUCACAGUAUACGCACUAAACAGUUUAGAUAGCACCACUUACACAUAGUUUUGCACCCGAAACAACAUCAUAAUACUUACUGACAUCACUGGAGAUGUGUUAGACAUACGUGGAACUACAGAAUUAACUUUAAAAAUGAGUUUAUUUAGAGGACCGAAGACUUCAGUGCUUGCAGUAUAGAGACUAGACAAUCAGAUUUUAGAUGAUCAGCAAAUUCUGAUGAGAAUUUGACAUAGAUAGAAAAGGUGAUAAAACCAUAUCGGUAAGAGAUCGACUGUAGAUACUGGAGGGCAGAGUGGCGACAGUUGUCAGAAGAUUCGUGUGUGAAGUGUAGCGUUCCCCACAGAAGAAGACAGAUAUCUGACUCAUGGCUCGGCUAACAGGUUUCUGAGAUAUACACGGGAGUAAAUUAUCAGCUGAGAAGAAAGUUUAUGAUUUGGGUCAGUAUAUCCAACACGACUUCUGUUCCCGUGGAACACAACACCACAGGCUUGGGCCGAGAAGAAAUUGGCAAAUUUCCUCAAAGAUGUGAAAUGAACAUUAGUGGAGAAGCAUGGAGAGUCGUAAUUCUGCCACUGGGUGACUUGUUACAGCAUUGAAUAUGAUAUUGUUCCGUGUAUAUGGCACUCGGACGGCUUCCAGCACGCCCCGGGAAAUCGGGUUAUUAUCCUUGUGCUGGGAGUGAAGCUAUCGUUACUCACGGGCUCAGGAGCAGACUGUAUACAGGGACUAUCCGGCGUGAAGCUACAAUGGAAGCGGUCAGUGGGCAGCCUGAUAAUUCGGCAAGUUUAAUAAGGCUCCACUCAAAACAAGGCAAUGGAUGCGAGAACCAUUCUCCACGUACUGGCUUUCAUCUGAGACGUUUGCUUUCAUAACAAUAACUCCAUCCUGCAAUCCUAUCGGAAUUGGACAUACACCAAAUCUAAUCUUCCCACAUCCUGUCCAUCGGCCGAAGUAUCCAGAAAAGCCUGGUCGACACGGCCACACUUGGCAUCCGUAUCUCGUGUCAUAUUGAUUCCGUAUGAGAGAAAUAUCACCAGAGAAGGUUGGUGUCACAAGGCGGAUUGGUGUGCCGUGUUAAAAACGACUGUAUCAUGUCCUUCCUUUAGCCGUCAAUCUGUCCUAACCCUGCAGAUAUUUGACCAUUAAAAUCACUGUCCGGUUCCGGACGUUACCCCGAAAUAUCCGUGACCAACGAAUCUUGCGUCUACGUGUCUUUUGAUUUAAUAUUGUCACGAUCUCCACAAAGGAUUAAGUGACUGUCAGUUCACUAUUCCAUCUGUACUCAGCACCGCUGUCCUGUC